AUGGCUGCUGGGGCCCAUGGCCAGCUCAGGCGCCAGGAGCAGAGCCUGGUCACAGCGGGCUCACGGCACCGGGGAGGGGACGGAAGCCGCUCCCAGCAGGACGUCCGGGCGGCUCAGCCGGGCAGCCCGCCGGCCCAGAAAGCAGCCCCGGAGCGCUCCCGUGAGGGCUUCGGCCCCAAGAGGCUGGGGGGCGCCGAGGCCCAGCCCCCCGCGGAGGCGGACCCGCGAGCGUGGCUGUCGGCUCGCAGUCUGGAGUUCGAGAAGCUCACCCUGGCCGGCCUGGCCGCACCUGUGUGGGAGCAGGGCAGCAGCGCCCAGAGGAGCCCGCACCCGUCCGCCCAGGCCGCCCGCCAGCUGGAGUGGAAACUCUCGGAGAUGAUGGGGCUCUGCCAGCAGAGGAUGCGGUGGCUCUCGGAGGGCAGCAGGAAGGGCCGGGCCGGUGCCGUGGUGCGGCCGCUCACCGCCCCUCGGUCGCAGGCGUUCGGGCUGGUCGCGGGUGCCGGCGUGGGGCUCCUGGUGGACGCGGCCGUGCUGGGCGGGGGCCCCCGGAGAGAGGAGUUUCUGCGGGACCUCGAGAGCCUCAUCGACGAGCAGCUGAGCCACAAGGAGAGGCUGUUGGUCCUGACCUUCGGCUCCACCGCCAGCGCCCUCUGGCCGGAGCCCGUGGCCGUCAGCGCCUCCAGCCUCCGGGAGCUCAGGCUCUGGGUGGAGACGUCGCCGCCGGAGGGAGGCAGCAACCUGCUGCAAGCCCUGAGGAGGGCCUUCGCGGCCGAGGGGCUGGACUCGCUGCUGGCCGUGCUGGGCAGCUGCCCAGAUCAGCCCCCCGAAAUCCUGUCUGACUACAUCCAGCAGGCCGCCCUGGGCCGGGGCCUCCGCACCCACCUUGUCUCCUACCAGUGCGAGGCCCGGGUGCCUCCGGCUGUCCUGAAGAACCUGGCGGAGGCCGUCGGGGGCCGCUACCACUGCUACAGCCCGCAGGCAGAGGCCUGCGCCAGCGCUGACGUGGAGGAGCUGCGGGCGGAGAUGCAGAGGGCCCAGUGCCUCCUGGCCCGCGUCCACGCCCUGCAAAGCAGCGCCGCCUGCCCGGAGCCCGGCCCGCCCGAGGAGAUUCCCGCGGAGAUUGCCGGAGGGCCCCUCGGAGGUCUCCUGCCUAAAGCCCGGAAGCACGAAGCCCCCCUCACAAUCGAGUUCCCCAGCUUGGACAAGACCUCCGCGGAAUGGCUCAAGGUCCACGGCCUGAGAGCCAAGAGGCUGGGCCUGUACCAGGUGCUGGCGCCCAACGCCUUUCUGCCCAUCACGGAGUUCGUGCCUGUCCUCCAGAAGACGGUAUCGUCCACGGUCCACAAGAAGGCCAUGGUGCAGCUGCAGUGGCACGACGGGACGGUGAGGAAUGUCCACGUGGACCUGCCCUUCCUCUUCGAAUACCAGAAGCAGCUCGGCAGGGCCGUGCGGGCGUACCAGCGGCGGGUGGAGUGGCUCUCGCUGGCCAGCAGGAGGAUCUGGGGCACCGUCUGCGAGAAGAGGCUGGCCGUGCUGCUGGACCUGUCCGCGGCCAGCUCCACCUACAUUAUUCACAUCCAGCACUCGCUGCGGCUGCUGCUGGAGGAGCAGCUGGCCAACAAGGACGCCUUCAACCUCAUCGCGUUUGGCAGCACCGUCGAAAGCUGGAGGCCCGAGAUGGUGUCCGUGAGCCAUGACAGCCUGCAGAGCGCCUGGCAGUGGGCCCUGAGCCUGCAGUGUGGGGGCAGCAGGAACGUCCUCAGCGCCCUGCGCAAGGCGGUGGAGGUGGACUUCAAGGACAAGGACAGACAGCAGUCGCAGGGCAUCUACCUCUUCACGGGGGGCAUCCCCGACCAGGACGUGCCCACGCUCUGCGCCUACGUGGCCGAGGCCUGCGGGGGCUGUGACCUCCAGCUGAACGUGUGUCUCUUCUACGUGGGCGAGCCGCCGAUGGACACCACCCCGCCCGCCUGCUACGCCAGCCGCACCGACACGGCCGCCGCCUACCGGGAGGUGGCCGGGGCCUCCGGAGGCCGUUUCCACUGGUUUGGCGACACAGGUGUUUAUGAAAGUGACGACAUCAAGGCCAUCGUGUCUGAGAUGGAAAAGGCUCUCAACUACUCGCAAAAGUGUGCCUUCCUGGUGUCCUCCCUGAAGAACCAGUCCAGAAAAGACCGGGAAAGGGCAGCCCUCUCGAUGGAAAAGCCCAAGAUGCUCAAGCAAAGGAGCCAGCCCAAGCGACUCUGUCCUCCCGCGCCCACAGCCCCCGCGGCGGCCAGAAUGGUCUGACCCCCUCCCUAAUAACACAAGGAAGUUGUUUCC